AUGUGCAAAUACGAGCACCGACUUUCAGCCUGCAACCACAACUACGACGUCACUGUUGUCCACGAAUGCCUCCCUGUCAAGGUGGAGCUUUGCGAGCCGUGUAAGCUGAAGAUUAGUGAGGUGGGGGACAAGGUUAUGGAGAAGUUUGAGGACGGAAUUGCUGAGGAUAUUGGUGGUGAUUAG